CGCCCCUCGAGAGAAUGAGUUUCAGCUUGAGUUGAGCAAUGGCAACGGAUGUCGAUAGGGCUGGAGCUUGGCUCUCAGUGUGGCAAAGCAAGCCGAAUCAAUGGCAGGCACAAAUCUCGCGCUAGGCGCAUCGCUCGUCCUCAUCCUUUGCGUGUGGGCUGGUGCAGCGCAGGGUCAGGUGGCCUAUGUGCGAAACCUCUCGGAGCUGCGGAUCAAGGAGCUGGAGAACCUGGCGGUGCGAUUGCAGCAGACCAUUAACCAUGAGAAGUAUGCCUGUGAGAGUUACUUUGACUAUGUCUGCAGUAGCAAUCGAACGCUAUUCUCAAUCAUGGGCCACAUGCCAAAGCUCAGCGAACUUAUCCAACUCUUGACCGAACUUCAAAAUGAUCCAGAGCAGUUCCAGGCCAAGCAAAAGCUAAUAGACUUCUUCAUCUCCUGCAACACACGGCACGGCGUGGAGGAUUGUUAUCGUGAGACCUUCGAGUACUUCAAGCCCCUUUUUGGUUACAUAAUAACCAAAAACAUGCUGGAGACAGGUUCCCACGAGCUUACGGAUUUCCUAUACAUUCUGGACAACUUUGUUCUUAAGACCAAGGGAGACUUCGGCUCUCAUCCCAUCUACAGCAAGCUGGCCACGUACAAGGAGAAGUUCCGAACGCCUCGCAUAUACUUUCACUCUGCAGACCUCAACCGGGAGUACCAGGACCUGCGGAUCUACCGGGAGAGCUAUGAGCACAACGUCAGAAACCUAGAGAUCCACCGCAAGAGGAAUUCCACCUACGAGCUGGGCGUUCAACGCACCAUUUUGGACUGGAGCCUGUACCUAUUCCAAAGCCGGAACAAGCCCAUGUCCUACUACUACUCCACAUUCGCCGUGCACCUGUAUAUGACACUCUACAAUAGUACGGAGCGUCAGAGGGACUUUACGCGUUUCCGGGAGGAAGUCGAGUGCCUCAAACUGCCGCAAUUCGUCAACGUUUUGGAUGAGGCUCGAAUGCUGGCCGUAAUCUAUCUCAAGAGUUUUCGUGCAGUGUGGGAAGACUAUCGGACCUGGAUUGCCGUAAAGUCGCAAAACCAAGAAAUAUACGAUCAGGAGGAUGGAAUACUGCACAAGUAUCAUCUGAACAACAAGCGCAUCUUCUUCACCCUUUAUGCCCAGAACUUCUGUGAGUUUGGCAAGGAUCUGGCCGAGCACGUGUUCUACCUAGGUCUUAAGCAGAAUCCUGAUUUCGUCAACAUUUACUCGUGUGGUUUUCAGACGGAAAACUCUAUAAGGUGUAUCUAAAACUUGGAAAACUGUAUUCAUAUAUUAAUUUAAGAAAUCACAAUAAUCAAUCAAUCUACAAUAGAAGCACGGUA